UAAAAAAUGGCGUUAUUGACUCUCUCUCCGAUAACAACCCCUUCCUUAAACAAACAACCUCCAUCCAUUCGGGUUCUGAUCCGCGGGUUCUGCCACUUGUACGACGGGCAUGAGGCUCUGGCCGUGGGGAUGGAGGCGGCGAUCACCAGGAAAGACGCCGUCAUCACGUCGUACAGAGACCACUGCAUGUUCCUGGGGCGAGGAGGGGAGCUCGUGGACGCGUUCUCCGAGCUCAUGGGGAGGCGGAGAGGGUGCUCUGACGGGAAAGGAGGGUCGAUGCAUUUUUAUAAGAAGGAGUGUGUGAUCGUUGGCGCUCAGAUUCCGUUGGGGUGUGGUUUGGCUUUCGCUCAGAAGUAUUCCAAAGGAGGAGUUGUGUGAGUUUUGUCUUUGUAUGGUGAUGGUGCGGCGAAUCAGGGUCAGCUGUUUGAGGCUUUGAAUAUUGCGGCUCUCUGGGGCUUGCCUGCUAUUCUCGUUUGCGAGAAUAACCAUUAUGGAGUGGGAACGGCUACGUGGAGGUCGGCUAAGUCUCCUGCUUAUUUCAAGCGUGGAGACUAUGUUCCUGGUUUGAAGGUGGAUGUUAUGGAUGCACUGGCUGUGAAGCAGGCAUGCAAGUUCGCCAAGGAGCAUGGCCCCAUUAUUCUUGAGAUGGACACCUAAAGAUACCACGGCCACUCUAUGUCUGACCCAGGAAGCACAUACCGUACACGUGACGAACUCUCCGGAGUGAGACAGGUCCGUGAUCCAAUUGAAAGGGUUCGAAAGUUGCUGUUAUCUCAUGACAUAGCCACAGAAAAAGAGCUUAAGGAUAUGGAGAAAGAGGUGAGGAAAGAAGUAGAUGACGCCGUAGACGCCGUAGCUCAGGCCAAGGAGAGUCCCAUACCAGAGGCAUCUGAGCUAUUCACAAACAUGUACGUGAAAGACUGUGGAGUCGAGUCAUUUGGAGCAGACAGAAAAGAACUCAAAGUGACACUUCCAUAAGUCUUGCUCCAUAGGACAUGAUGAAGAUUCAUUAAAUCUUAGUUUGUUUGCCCCUUUUAUAUACAACAACAACAUUGUUAUUGACACGAAGCAAGAAGCUUCCGAGACCAUUCUUUCCUCUAUAUGUGAGAAAAGAUAAGAGAAGCAAGAAGAGAGCAGAUUAAGAAAAGAUCAUCUUCUUUAGCUUAAUAAAGAAUGUCGACAUGCGAGUACAAAAUUCAUCAGGAACCCGUGUUUAAUUCGUUCUCUACAUACAACUAUUGUGAUAAAUAUAUUAAAAGAACCAGCUUCGUCGGUAGCAAUUAAACCUCAUGUUACCACCUAACUUCAAUUAUCGUUUCUUCUACCACAAGUCACUUUCUUAUUCCCCACAAAAGAAACACACCAAACCCUAUUGAACAGGUAAACUCAGUGACGCACUCGACUCUUUUCUUUCUGCAUUUUCUUAAUAUAUAUUUUGGAUUUCUUGUAACUGCUAAUCACUAAACUUUGAUUCAUUCUUCCUUUUCUUAACCCGACAAUUGUUUUCUUAACCUAACCUUGCUUAUAUCAAAAAUGAGCCGUAGCAGCUAGUGCGAGGAUGAAAGAGAUAUAUAUGUUUUUUUUGUGAAUCGGCACUGGUGGCUUUUGGAGCACCCGUACUGGGAUUUCUCUUCCAAUAGUUUUUGCUUCUUUGUUUUUAGUUACGGGUUCUAAAAAAAUUUCUGGAAUAAUUUUAGUCAAAGAAAAUAUUCUAUUUCUAUCUGAAGAAUUUUUAUCGUGUAUAUAAUGAAGAUGAUUGUAGUCGAUUGUGAUGCGGAAAAAACAUUAAGAUUGUUAAAAAGUGUGAAAUAAGAUCAUUAUGAUAUCAAAGUAUUGUC